AAUCAGAAAGAGUGUCAAAGAACGAAUAUGUUGAAUUCUUAUGUAGUUAUUUGUUGACAUGUUGAAUGUUUAUGGAAAAUUGUCGCACAUAGCAUCCCCCAUCAGAAGAAUAACUGUCAUCAAAAAUCACUUCUGUUCUGGAACAAAGACAGUGCUCAAAAUGUCAGAGAGUGAGCAAGCAAAAGAUUACACAGCAGGGAUCAUUGUGAUUGGAGAUGAAAUCUUAAAAGGUCAAGUUGCAGACACUAACACACAUUUCAUGACCAGACAUUUGUUCUCAUGGGGUGUUAAAGUGAAAAAGAUAUCUGUUGUCCCAGAUGACAUAGACACAAUUGCCAAGGAAAUUGUAGAGUUUUCAUCCAAGUAUACGUAUGUGAUAACGUCAGGGGGCAUUGGACCAACCCAUGAUGAUCUCACUUUUGAAAGUGUUGGAAAGGCUUUUGAUGAACCAAUAGAACCCAAUCCACAUCUUGUUGAACUGUGUAAGAAAUAUUUUGGAACAGAUGACCUCAACUCUCCUAAGCUCAAAAUGGCAAAAGUUCCAAAGUCAGCCAAGUUACUGUAUGGGGAGGACAAGUCAACAGGAAAGAGGACCAGAUACCCACUUGUCAAUGUGAGAAAUACAUACCUGUUUCCAGGGGUGCCUUCAAUACUAGAACAUGCCUUUCCUUUGCUCAAA